GAUCGGAACGUAGCUGAUAGAAGCCGAACAUUGCCGAACGGGUCAAUGUCUGAAGCUUCAGAGUGUUAUUUCGUGAUGUACGUCGUCGUGUAAUUAAUGAUGUAAAACACCGAAAAAACUCUGUGCAAAAUGCUCAUUUAAUCGCGAACGAAAGUUAUAUAAUUUAGACGUAGGUGUUUUGCGUGCACAGUUUUAUAUGUGAAAGCCAGCCAGACGAAAAAGAUCCAAAUUAGUGUGUGUGAAGUGCGGAAGUCCGUGCGAAGCAAAGAGGGUGGAUAAGAAAUGUCAUAGAUUGUAUAUGAAGUGCAUGUGUUGUGUCGGGAUUGUAUUAUAGUAGAGUGAAAAGCCAUGAGCGGCCGCCCGAGGACGACGUCCUUCGCCGAAGGCAACAAGCAGCCCCCAAACCCGCCCCUGGGCGGCAUGAAGAUCAGCAGUCCGUACACAGGUAAAGAUGGGUCCAAGGUGACGACAGUGGUGGCCACGCCAGGGCAAGGGCCAGAUAGACCCCAAGAGGUGUCUUACACGGACACCAAGGUCAUAGGAAAUGGGUCCUUCGGCGUGGUAUACCAGGCCAAACUAUGUGACACUGGCGAACUCGUCGCCAUCAAAAAGGUGCUUCAAGAUAAACGUUUUAAGAAUCGUGAAUUGCAAAUAAUGAGAAGAUUAGAGCAUUGUAAUAUCGUUAAGUUAAAAUAUUUCUUCUACUCUAGCGGUGAAAAGAAAGAUGAAGUGUAUUUGAACUUAGUGCUCGAAUACAUACCAGAGACGGUGUAUAAAGUGGCGAGGCAUUAUUCCAAAUCUAAACAGACGAUACCUAUCAGCUUUAUAAAGCUGUACAUGUACCAGCUGUUCAGGAGCCUGGCGUACAUCCACUCCCUGGGCAUUUGCCACCGCGACAUCAAGCCCCAGAAUUUACUCCUGGACCCGGAAACGGGCGUAUUGAAAUUGUGUGAUUUUGGCAGCGCUAAACAUUUGGUCAAAGGCGAAGCAAAUGUCUCGUACAUUUGUUCGCGUUAUUACCGAGCCCCUGAAUUAAUAUUUGGGGCCAUCGAUUACACCACUAAAAUCGAUGUAUGGAGUGCGGGUUGUGUACUAGCAGAACUGUCUGGACAGCCGAUUUUCCCAGGAGAUUCGGGAGUAGAUCAACUGGUCGAAAUAAUCAAGGUUCUGGGGACACCAACAAGGGAACAAAUUAGAGAGAUGAAUCCCAACUAUACAGAAUUUAAGUUCCCGCAGAUAAAAUCACAUCCCUGGCAAAAGGUAUUGGGGUUUAUGUUUUCUCUAACAUCUCCAACUCCUCACAGUUCAACCACUUACCAUAGGCCUACAAUAUUUCAAUAUACAAGUGAAACAAAUGUAUCACUGAGUUAA